AUGUCACAUGGUAGGACAUCUUUAAAUAAAAGCUCUUUUAUUACUACUGAGUUACCUGAUAUUUUAAAGAACUUAUUAAAUGUACUUCAACAGGAAGUUGAAGUAUCAAAUGAAUUUCUUGUUGAAAUUGAGAUAAAUGUCAAGAAAAGAGAAACAAAAAAAGAUAAUUAUUAUGAUGUUGAUGUCACUGAUAAACCUAUCAAAAAUAAGAAAAAGAAUAAAAAACAUAAGAAAACAAGAAAAGAUUAUUCUAAACUUUCAAAAAAAAAAUAUAAGAAAUAUCAGAGUAAGAAGAAUCAGAAUACUACAGAAAAUUCUAAUUGUUAUACACUUUGCAAAACAUUAAGAACACGUUCUAAAGGUAAAAAUACCGAUGAUUAUAUUAAUGAUAGUGAUGAUCGUUACCCAGAUGAAUCUUUUGAAAAUCUUCCAAGUUUAAAUGAAUCACAACGUCAAUUGUUAAGAGCUUUACGGCGUGAACAGACAGAAAAAUAUAGUAAAAAAGAAAAUUUAAAACAUAAAAAUCAUAUAGCUGUUCCCUGGAAUCCUGAUGAAGAUUAUAAUGGAUCUUCUUAUUUAUCUAAAUCAAAUUUGAUAUCUAAAACUUCUUCAUUUUCUCGUCAUUAUCCUUAUGUUCCUAGAAUAAAUCGUAAAAAAAAUAAGAAAGCAAAAAUAAGAGUAACAGAGCAUGUUGAUUUUGAGGAAAAAAAUAAUGAAAAAGAUAUAUCUAAAAAUGUAUCUUCUAAAAAGAAAAAGGGUAAGAAAAAAAAUAAAAAUGAACGAGGCAACUAUGCUAAUGUUACAGAUGUAUUAGAAGAAGAAGAUGAUAAUGUAAAAGAAAUUCCUAUGAGAAAUGAAAAUAUUUCAGAAGAUAUGUACAAGAUUUUUAAAUAA